GCCGGGCCGGGCCAGGGGCGCAUCCCGCCUCCGCCGCCUUCAGGGGCGCCGCGUCCCGCUGGCGGCGCCUCAUGGCGCGAUGCAGCUGCAGUGGGAGGGAGAGGAAACCCACCCCCCUCGCCCGGCGGCCGCCUUUGUAAGCGCCCGGCCCAGCUCGGCGCGCAGCGGCUCGGGGAGCGCCGGAGCGCGGCGGCGGGAGCAGAUGGAACCGGAGGGUUGCCCUUGUUCUCCUUUUCGAAUCAAGUGUCACAUUGACUCCAGUCCCGUGUUGGAAGCAUGUGGGGAACUGCAGCACCUCAGCUCAGCACAAUGUCUCCAUCAGGCUGGAAGGAAGCCCAAAACCAAAACUGCACUGGCCAAAAUGCAUCCUCUACAGAAACCCCAAGUACCUCCUAAACCUGUCCAUCUCAAACCUGGGCAGGAAAGAAUUCCUCCUGCACCAUCUCGGCCUUUGCCAGCUGAUCCCAAGUCAUCAAGGAGCUUAGCACCUGGAGAGGAAGAAAUACCAAUAUCAGCAGGAGUCAACACGCUCAUUGAGAAAUUUGAAAGUAUUAGGCAACCUGUACAUAUUCUUCAAAGAAACCAGCUAAAUUUAGCUCUUAAGAUGGAACCUGGCCUGGAUUCAUCCAAGCAGACGAGCUUGUGUGACUGUGACACAGCAGCUUCUGGUGGCUCUUCCACGAGUGACAAAACUGAAUUGGAUGAGGCCGAGCCCAAUGUAGCGUGCAGCACGGAUCUGACUAACACAGACAUCAUGAAAAUCAAAGAGCUGAGCAUAGGUGAUAACAAAAGCCGUGAAGACUGUACUACUGUGACUGUGAGCAAAGAGCCCCAAGAAGAGCUUGGCAAUAAAGACUCAAGUGCAGAACUGAAUGGGAGUGGUAAAAUUCCCAACAGAGACAGCGGCAUUGACAGUCCUUCUUGUAGUGUGGCUGGGGAAACGUUCCCCAGUGAAGAAGGGGCAGAGCAGAGGAAGCCCAGCAUGGCUGGGAACCCAGGAGAGGUGGAACCUGACAGAAAGGGCACCAAACCUUCCUCUGUAGAGCAGAAGAGAGACUCCAUGCAGGAUGAGGACAGUGACAUUGAUGAAGGAAGCAGUGAGGAGCAAGAGAUAGCAGAAGUGCCAAAGUUAGAGUAUUUGGAUGUAAACAAGUGUACAGAGCCCCAAAAGCUUUUCAACAUCGCCAAUGAGCUGCUCCACACGGAGGAAGCGUAUGUUAAAAGACUCCAUCUCUUGGACCAGGUUUUUUGCACUAAAUUGUCUGAAGCAGGGAUUUCAUCUGAUGUGAUAACAGGCAUCUUCUCAAAUAUUUCUUCCAUCUACUGUUUCCAUGGACAAUUUCUUCUUCCUGAGCUCAAAACAAGAAUUACACAAGAAUGGAGUGUCAACCCACGGCUGGGAGAUAUCCUGCAGAAACUUGCUCCUUUUCUGAAAAUGUAUGGAGAAUAUGUAAAGAACUUUGACAGGGCCAUGGACAUAGUGAACACGUGUAUGCAGCGGUCCUCUCCCUUCAAAGACGUUGUUCAGAAUAUACAGAAACAGGAGGUGUGUGGAAACCUGACUUUGCAGCAUCACAUGCUUGAACCAGUGCAAAGGAUUCCUCGUUAUGAGCUUCUCCUGAAGGACUACUUAAAGAAACUUCCAGAAGAAUCUCCAGACAGGAAAGAUGCUGAAAAGUCACUGGAGCUGAUAUCAACAGCAGCAAACCAUUCCAAUGCAGCCAUCCGGAAGAUGGAAAAGAUGCACAAGCUUUUGGAAGUCUAUGAGCGCCUGGGUGGUGAAGAGGAUAUUGUUAACCCAGCCAAUGAGCUCAUUAAAGAAGGACACAUUCAGAAACUUUCAGCAAAGAAUGGCACAGCACAGGAUAGGUAUUUAUUCCUGUUUAACAGCAUGGUGCUGUACUGUGUGCCAAAACUGAGGCUGAUCGGCCAGAAGUUCAGUGUCCGAGAGAAGAUGGACAUUGCAGGACUGCAGGUCCAAGAAAUUGCCAAGCAAAAUGUGGCCCAUACAUUUUCCAUAACAGGAAAAAAGAGAUCAUUGGAACUACAAGCCAGGACAGAAGAGGAGAAGAGGGAAUGGAUUCAUGUCAUUCAAGCCACAAUAGAAAAGCACAAACAGAACAGUGAGACCUUCAGAGCUUUCAAUAGCUCUUUUUCACAAGAGGAGGAGCAUCUUCCUGAUUCCUCUAUAGCCAGCACCAGCUCAGUGGAAUCAAUGCCAGGAGCAGAUGGUGGUGGUGCAUUAGGAGGGAGUGAUUCCUUUAGGAAAUCUUCCAAAUCCAAGCGAGACAAAGAGAAACAGUCUUGUAAGAGCUGCAGUGAGAGCUUUAACUCCAUCACCAAGAGGCGGCACCACUGUAAGCAGUGUGGGGCAGUGAUCUGUGCAAAAUGCUCUGAGUUUAAGGCACUUGCAGAUAACAGCCGCCACAAUCGAGUGUGUAAAGAGUGUUUCCUGCAGCUCCCAGCAAGCCCCUGCAGCCCUGGGGUGGAAGCAGUUGGGGAACAGAAGAAAAGAUUAGCUGCAGAGAAGCAAAGCAUCCUUGCAGCUGAAAACAGCCUCUUCAGCAGCUACCUCCAGUUCCUUGAGAAAGGGAAGACUUGGUACAAAGUGUGGGUGACCAUCCCCAGGAAUGAGCCUCUUGUUCUGUAUCUGCAAGGCAGCAGCCAGUCCUAGGGAAAAAGACCCCAACCACCAGUGUCACCACAACCUUCCUCAGAAACAACGUGUGUCAUCUAAGAGUUGGCAGGCUGAGAAGCUGAGAGCACCCCUUACACAGUAUGAUUGAGAAUUUCUCCUACUACCCAACUGAUUGUUGCAGUACAGCACCAAUAAUAAUCCAUGGACAUGAAUCACCUGUGUUCAGUGCAAACUCAAUGAUGUUUGAUUUUGCAGGCCCCACCUGACAGUCAUGCAAAGCCACAGAUGGAAGCUGGAGGAGCUCCUCUGCUUCAGUUGCUGUGUACUUUGUCCAUGUCCUGCCAAACUGGAUCUUGAGCCUCUGGUGAUAUUAUUAGUGAGAUCCUAUUCUGUUAGGGGAAAAGGCUGCCUUUGGCACUGAUAGUCAAUUCUGUGACAGUUAAAUUUACUGGUUAGUGUCCUCAGCUAUUUCAGGGGUGAGAUAAAUCUCUCAAUAAAGUGUCAAAAAGCAAAAGGACAAGGUUAUUUAUCUUACAUUCCAAAACCAGGAUUUACUGUCUGGAAUGAGACUACAAACAACAACAGUUACUCCUUUUUUCAAGGGCUUGCCAUUCUCAUUUGUAUACUUCAAUUUGCAUCCAACUUUUUGCAGAACAAAAAUUAGGAAAAAAGUCCUAAUUAGUAUUUCUUAAUAUUAAUCCAACAUUCUUGUUAAUUCUGGUUUACAUAGGAUACACUACAAUUCUGAAGAAAAUCUCUUCCAGAGCUUCAUUAUUGGUGUCUGAAUGUCUGGAAUCAGUUGGGAGCCACUCAUGUGCUUAAAUAUUCUUUAUUCUUUCCCCAGGCAUAGCUCUGUUUUGCACAGCCACCUCUGUAGAUGUCACAGACCUCUUUAAACCUGCAAAGGAGCAUUGCAGUGCCUGAGAUAUGUCUUUUGGGAAUAAUAUUGCCAACAACAGUAUUAAAGGUCUUGAAACAGAGUAAAGUAGAAGUUUGAAAGUUGGGGGAUUAUUGUAAAGAGGAACAGAAAGAAUUGCUGCCUCUUGUGGGGAAAGAGCAAACCAAGCUGAAUCUGGAGCUUUGGAUACAGUGAAAGCUUCUUGAUCUGCACCCCUGGUCCUCAUGCCAGAGAAGGGAUGCUACUGCAGGUAGAAACAUGACUCACAGACUUAAAAUAGCAAGAAAUCUGCUCUUCUGCUUUAGAAUGAAUUAAUCCCCUGAGUGUUCACAGUUCAAGUCUUGUAUGAGGCUUUACAGAUGAGGAUUCCCAGCUUGUUUAGGUUUGGGAAUCAUACCAGUCUGAUUUGUCCUCAAAUGGAGUCACAAUUUGUACAGCUGUUUUCAUGUUUAUCUCAGUGAAAUUGAAGGAGUUUACUUAGAAAGCAAAGACCACUUCAAGUGUAAGGAGCAGCAGCUUUAAGAUAAAUUAGUUUUUUCCAGGGCUCCACCUGGACCUUCUGCCCUUGUUGGCCUUGUAAAAUGCAUAGCUACUUGCAAAGCUCUGACAUGAACUUACCUGAGAUGUGCAAAGUUAAGGCUUCCAAGCUAGCUGGAAAAGUAAUGGA